UUCAGCCUCGCGGCUCCCUCCUGCGCCCCAGAGCCCUGCCACAGCGGAUAACUUGAAAGGAAACUGGAGCGACAGGACAAUUCCCUCUAUCCCACAGUAGCGUUGUUUUCGUUUUUCGUGGGAAGAUCCAACCAGGAUAAAGUUGCGAGAACUUCUGCGCACGAAAGGGACACUGAUAUACUUCAACUUCAGUUUGACUGUAGAUAUUCGGGUUCGAGAAUUUGAGUUUUACGGUUCUUUUUUUUUUUUUUUUUUUCGUUGUUGUUGUUGUUGUUGUUGUUUUUCCCAGCGGAGUCUGAGGAGGCGUCUGGCAGUCGCGAUCAUCUGUUUUAAGAACUCUAGUCGAGCAAGGCAGUCAAGCAGGACCGCCUAACUUCUUUUUGCAUCACGUCUGGAUUAUCUGACCACACUGACUGAUUUGCGAUUUCGGAGUGAAAGCUCGGGUAGUUCGGUGGUGUCGGCAUAUCGUACACACGCGGUCGGCACUGUCCGUCAAGUGUGGGACAGAUAAGACCCGCGACAGACGACAGACUCGGCUCUGAGAGAAGUAGGGGAGCGCGCGGGGCUUGUGUCUGAAGUUAGCGAGGAGAGAGCAACGCCGAUGUUCCUCAGGCGGACGCAUCCUGUGCAGAUGAUCUAGGCGCACAGUCACCAGAGUUCACGCUCUCUGUUAAGGUAGCGAGGCUCUCUCCGCUCAGACUUAGUGCGCUCUCGCCUCCAUCCUUCCGCGCUCACUCGGCGGACUCCUGAGACCAUCGGCGCCUGGAGGAAAAAGAAGAGAAAAAAAGAAAGAAAGAAAGAAAAAACCCCCCCCUUUUUUUUCUUUUUUCUCCCCGAGAGUCCUGCUCUUCUGAUACAAACCAGUCAGGUGGCACUGACCCAAGCUGUUGUGAUGCAUAUUCCCGUAGAGCCGCCCACCACCAGACGGUUCACGCCGCCCUCCACGUCCUUCCCCUGCAGUAAGAUUGGAGACGGCAACGGGGCCAUGGCCACCCCGGGGCCCCUCAGGUCAAGACCGGACACGAGGAACGUGGUGGACGUCUUGGCGGACCACGCCGGCGAGCUGGUCCGGACCGACAGCCCAAACUUCCUCUGCUCUGUGCUCCCGUCUCACUGGAGGUGCAACAAGACGCUCCCCGUGGCUUUCAAGGUCGUGGCUCUCGGCGACGUCCCCGACGGGACUCUGGUCACCGUGAUGGCCGGCAACGACGAGAACUACUCGGCCGAGCUGAGGAACGCCUCGGCCGUGAUGAAGAACCAGGUGGCCCGCUUCAACGACCUGCGCUUCGUGGGCAGGAGCGGGCGAGGGAAGAGCUUCACCCUGACCAUCACCGUGUUCACCGGACCGCCACAGGUGGCCACCUACCACCGCGCCAUCAAAGUCACCGUGGAUGGACCCCGGGAACCGCGCAGGCACAGAGUGAAGAUAGAAGACCCCCAGAAGAUGCAGUUCUCGGACAGGCUGUCAGAGAUCGAGCGCUACCAGCGGACUAUGCGAAUAGGCCCAGUGAACAAUAAUCCCCGCCCCAUCCACCAAACCCACCUCGGCACCACACAAGCCCUUUGGCAGGAGCAAAUGGACACCCCCGCUCUGAAGACAUGCAAGGUGGAGGAGGACCUGAGACCAUGGCCAGGGACUACAGAUCUCUUCCAACAGAGGACCACCUUCCCAUCUCUGUCGCCGCUGACUGACCCUCGCUUCUCAGACCCCCGCAUGCAUUACCCCGGGGCCUUCCCUUACUCCGCCAACACCUCCAGCACUGGCAUCAGCGGCCUCAGCAUGUCAGCCUCUUCUAGAUUCCACACCUACCUGCCUCCACCCUACUCGAACAACCAGACCCAGAACUUCCAGUCCAACUCCUACCUGUAUUACGGCACAGGCUCUGGAUCCUACCAGUUCUCCAUGGUGGCACCGGGGAACACCGGGGGCGAGCGCUCUCCCACCCGUCUGCUGUCCUGCUCGGGGGCUGGGGGCACCGGAGGGACCAACAGUCUGAUGAACCUGAACAACCAGAGCGAGGGCGUGGAGGCUGACGGCAGCCACAGCAACUCCCCCACAGCCAUGAGCGCCUCGGGCCGCUUGGAUGAGUCCGUCUGGAGGCCUUACUGACUGACAGACAACUAGACAAUCAGAGCGUGCGGGAGAAGGCAGGGAGGAUAAGUAAAGAGGACGAUGAACAAAAAAAAGCUGAACACUGAAAGUAGAAAACAAACCAAAAAAAGAGAAAUGUUGCAUGUUUGUCUUUUUUUUCUCCGGCACUCGCUUUAAAGACUUUGUGUUUUACCAACUUUCUGUGUUUUACCAACUGUCCCAAAGCCCUUUAUUUUGUAAAUUUUGAGUGAACUCCUGCACUGUGCUGAAACAUGUACUCUUAAGGGACUAUAAAAGCCAUAUUAAUUGUGAUGAUGUUCAGCUGAGACUGUAAAUAGAAGUGAAAGUAAAAACCAGAGAAGCCUUGGUAACAUUUCAGGAUCAUUUGUCUGGUGUAAACAGGUACUCAGCAAAGGCAAAAGAACAAAAGGCAAUGGAGGUAUAAUCAAGCAGUACAGCUGAUGAACUGAAAAACCACAGCAGGACACUCACCAAGCAGACUGUUCAGACUGAUCCAACUCACUUGGUGGGCGGAGAAGAGCGGUACGACUGGAUGUUUGCUCCACGAGUGACUCCGACAUCCUUCUAAGGCAUGGCUGCACUGCUGUAGCAAUCGGUUCUUUUAAGCUUUCAUUUCUGGAAAAUUUGAACACUGCAAAUACUUGGUCACUUGUGAAAACCUCCUCGAAUGCAUUCAGAGCUGUUUCAUGUGCUCACAGUACUUAUGCAGUACCUUAUUGCCUAAUUUAUUAACCAAAUGAACACAAUAGCCUUUGGUGCUAAGGUAUGCAGUGGAUGUUUCAGAACAACCGCUGCGUAUGAGAGAAACUCAUCUUAUCUGUCAGGUCUCACGUGUUUAAGAAACGAAUUGUGCUCUGCUGUGUCAGUGAAUCAAGUUUCAACAGGACAAUGGCUGAUAUUUUGAGGAAUGUAAAAGACUAACACAGAGGAGUGUUUAUUGGUUUCUUUUUUUCUCCAGGAAUAUUUAAGUCCUGUUGUGUCUACUCUUUACUUUUUCUUUAAAUUUCUUAUUCAAGCCCUUUUCUGAAAAAAGAAGUCCUAGUCUGGUAUUUUUCAACUGGAUGACAUGGUUUACUUUUGAUAUUUAUUUGAGCCAAAUUGUGAGGAAAUGUACACAUAUACCCAAAAUCCUUGAGCAUUUCCCGCUACCUUUCCUUUUUAUAUAUAUAUAUAU